AUGAGAGCCCUCCUCUUAAUCUGCAUGCCAGUUGUGCUUCUUGCCCAGCCUCAGUACCAGGAACCCUUUCCUUUUUUGGAGGACUAUGGGCCUGAUUAUUUUCCAGAACGUCCAGAUUCUGAGAAUCACGAUUCUGCUCCUGGAAACUUCCAGCAGCAGGUUCGGGUUGAUCCCGCGAUCCGUCCAGAAAAAACAGAUUUUGAGACGGAGCCCACAGAGCCAGGUCCUCUCGAUUGCAGAGAAGAGCAAUAUCCUUGCACCAGACUCUACUCCGUGCACAAACCAUGCAAACAGUGCCUGAACAGUCUCUGCUUCUACAGUCUGAGGCGUGUGUACGUCAUCAACAGGGAGGUGUGUGUUAGGACCGUGUGUGCACAUGAAGAGCUGCUCAGAGCCGACCUGUGUCGGGACCAGUUCUCACGCUGUGGUGUGGCGGCGGUGAGUGGGCACUGCGGGUCUGUUGGAGGAAGCUGUGGAAAGAGCUGCGGUGGUGGCUGCUGA